AUGCUGAUUGCGCGCAUUACACAAUCUCCACCUAAGAGUUGGCUUAAAAACUUCAUUUCUAUUGAGACCCUUGAAAUUCGUGAAUGCUCUCAAUUAGUAUCUCUACCCGAAGGUUUCAAGUCUUUGAGCUCACUCCAGCGUCUUACCAUUGAGAGAUGUGCGGAACUUGAUCUUGACAUAGCCAGGAGUGAAUGGGAGGGUCUGAAACACCUUCGUUUUCUGACCAUAAAGGAAAUUCCAAAGCUCAAAUCCCUUCCAUGGGACGUUACCUCUUUGGAAGAGCUCGAGCUUAAUGAAUGCACUGCCCUGACUAGUCUACCGGAAAGCAUAGGCAACCUCACCUCGCUUAAAAAAAUAGUGAUUUGUAAUUGCAGAAAGUUGAAAUCGCUGCCCAAAGGAAUAGAAAAGCUCAAGCUUUUAGAUAGCUUGAUCAUUACAGAUUGCCCCUUGUUAAGGCCAAGGAGUCCGCCUGAAACGGGCGAUGACUGGCCACAAAUUCGUCAUGUCAGUGAUAUCCUGCUGAAGCAAAGCUCUCAAGACUUGACGGAAUUGUGGAGUUAUGGAAGGACUGGUUUAGAAAAGGGAAAUACUACUACUCUUGAAAUGCAAAGAGAUCUUGUAAGCAAGCUCACUCACAAAUCCUUUUGA